UCCGCCGGACAGGAGGCGGCGGCGGCGGCUCCUGAAGCAGUGGCCGGCUGUUGGGUGUGGAGUUUUCCUGCGCCCCUAGGAUCCGACCCUUUGAGCGUUCUGCUCCCGCGCCAGCCUACCUCGCUUCUCGGCGCCAUGACCACAACCACUACCUUCAAGGGAGUCGACCCCAACAGCAGGAAUAGCUCCCGGGUUUUGCGGCCUCCAGGCGGUGGAUCCAAUUUUUCAUUAGGUUUUGAUGAACCAACAGAGCAACCUGUGAGGAAGAACAAAAUGGCUUCUAAUAUCUUUGGGACACCUGAGGAAAAUCAAGCUUCUUGGGCCAAGUCAGCAGGUGCCAAGUCUAGUGGUGGCAGGGAAGACUUAGAGUCAUCUGGACUGCAGAGAAGGAACUCCUCAGAAGCAAGCUCUGGAGACUUCUUAGAUCUGAAGGGAGAAGCUGAUAUUCAUGAAAAUGUGGACACAGACUUGCAAGGCAGCCUGGGGCAGAGUGAAGAGAAGCCUGUGCCUGCUGCGCCUGUGCCCAGCCCAGUGGCCCCGGCCCCAGUGCCAUCCAGGAGAAAUCCCCCUGGUGGCAAGUCCAGCCUUGUCUUGGGUUAACUCUUCCUGUCCUGAACGCUGUCGUUUUGUUUGUUUCCUCCAUGCUUGUGAACUGCACAACUUGAGCCUGACUGUACAUCUCUUGGAUUUGUUUCAUUAAAAAGAAGCACUUUAUGUA